CGCCGACGACACCAGCCCCCCAACAAGCACCUCCAUACGCGCACACGUAGCAAUCCUCCAUGGCAGAUUCACGUAGAGAGAGAAUCAAGGAGGAAACAGUUCGGAAAGCAGUAAACGCCCUCCUCAAAUGGAGGCAGAAGAAGCUGCAAUCAAACUCCGACCACGAAGAAGAAGAAGAAGAAGAAUCAGAAGGUGAUGAUUUCAUAUACCUCUCACUAACCCUAAAAAAAGUGCCACCAAAAGCCCUAACUCUCGCACCCCACCGUAUACCCCUCCGCCACUCUCUCCUCCCCGAACACCACUCCACCUUGAAUCUCUGCCUCAUCGUCGACGGCAAAAAAGUCACCGCCGAAUCCGCCCUCAAGGCCCUCGCAGCCCAAGGCGGCGACCCCUCCGUAAACCAGGUUCUCAAGCUUUCGAAGCUCAAAUCGGAUUACAGGUCCUUCGAUUCAAAAAAGCGCCUCUACGAUUCGUUCGACGCGUUUUUCGCGACUGAAAAUGCUGUCCCUCUGCUCCCCAAGGUUUUGGGGAAGGUUUUCUACAAGAAGAAGUCGAAGAUUCCUGUGCCGGUGGAUUUGAGAGCUGAUUGCAGUAACUUGGAGGAGGAGAUCGAAAGUGCUUGCAAUUCGAGCUUGUUGUGUUUGAGCGCCGGGACCUGCAGUGCGGUGAGGGUUGGGAGGUGGGGGGUGACGGAGGGGGGUGAGAUUAUCGAGAACGUGUAUGAGGCGAUCGAUCGUGUGGUUGAGAUUGUUCCGAGGAAAUGGGCUGGAAUUAAGUGCUUUCACUUGAAGUUUUCGGAUUCUUUGGCACUGCCUAUUUACGAGUAUUUGCAGCCCGGUGGUGAAGACGGUGGAUCGAGCUUGGUCGGAGAGAAGAGGAAGAGGGGAGUAUUGGAUUCUGCAAGAAAGAAAUGAUUGAAUGACCGAAAAUAGAAACGAAAAAGAAGUUGCAGUAUCUCAUUCGAUUGCAUUUAUGCAAUUCUUGUUUGCAUAGAUCAAUCGAGGAGUGAAUGGCAUUCGAUGGGAUUGGACUUUUAGUUUUCGUUGUGAUUUGCCUUUUUUCUUUUUCUUUUUUCGUUAAUUUGCUAUAGGAUUUUGGAUGGUUGGCUCGUAUUUUUGGAUAGUAGUUCAUUGAUUGAGAAGAAAACUAAUACAAUGCAGGAGGACUAGCCAGUACUGAAUUCGUUACGCUGAUAGUGCUAUUCUCAGUUGUUCUAAUUAUAAAUCAGAAUUCGAAUAUGAAGUUCAUGUUUGUUUUUAUGAUUAUGUUCUUGUCC